AUAAGUAAACCUUAAGAGGCUUAUAUGUACAUAUGUAUGUAUAUAAUACAUUGGAAUCACUUGCCAGGGAGAACUGGACCAGUCCACAUCUGCACACACAAGGAAAGAUUAUUUAAGAGGCCAAUGAAUAAUAAAGAUUCUCCUAUCUACAGCACUGAUUAGGGGAAACAUCUUGAGAGUUCACUGAGUGAAUGUAGUAACAUACUAGAGGUGUUAGAUUUUGAUAGAUUUGGGAAUGUGAUAAUUGUUGCUUAUCAUCUCGUCAACUCAGUGGUGGAUUUCAGAGUUCGGGACAGACCUAUCUUUGAGUCUUAUAUGUUUGUGAGUGCUAUACUGAAAGUGGAAUUCAUUUGGUUAGCAGAAUAUACAGAAGCAAAUAGUGCUGGUGAAGACUCGAACCUUAAGAAGAUUUUUUGGGAUCUCAACAUAAAACUGCAAAGAGCAAGUGACUUAGUAACAUUUUAGAAUCGACUGUUUUAGUAAAAAGUGAAAUUUUAGUUCAUUCUUGGAAAAGUGUACUGGCGUUUUAGCAGGAACAAUUAUUUUCUACACUUUGAUCGUGUAGGAUACAAUCGAAUUACAAUGGCGAAAGGACGGAAUAGGCGUGCGACUAGAAACUUCGGGAAUGUUAUACAUUCGCAGAACAAUCAAUCGCCAUCUGAUGAUGUAAAAUACAAGAACAUAGUUGGGAUUCUCUCCAAUACUGCAAAAGGAGGAAGUGUUUCUACUGACAAUGGUGUGUUUAUGAUGCCUGGAAUUGCGCAGACCAAUCUUAUUAACAAUACCCUAUCACACCCAGUGGUACUCAAUGGAUGUGACCCAUCACAGGCGCAACAUCUAGGAACCGCCAUCAGUUACCAAAUGAUUCUUCCAGGUUACACCACCCCGAAUACUCAACACCAUAGCAACAAUACAACAAAUUCAAACUUACCAGUUCUCAACACCAUGCUCAAUAUGGGUUAUAAUCAGACCAUUGAGGACCUUAUACCAAAACAUAAGAAUGAAACUAGCAAAUUGAAUAAAACAUCUAGUCUGAAUCUGAAUGGGAAAUCUCUGCCAACAGGCCCAAGAAACCACCAGAUGGAAAAGCAAGCUCAUGUAAAAUCGUUCCAACCAACCUUGAAGGAUGUCUUCAAGAGCAAGAAACGCAAAUCAGAUGUACUGGAUGAGGUUAAGAGCUUGCGUAAGAUGCAACAGAUGGUUAAUAUUGCAACCAAAGAACAAGGCCAUGGUGGUCCAGUUAAGAAACAACAUGUGAAGUCACCACUUGAGAAGACCAGAUAUGACACAUCACUUGGCUUGCUUACUAAAAAGUUUGUUGGACUGUUGAGGUCAUCUCCAGAUGGGGUGCUAGAUUUGAACAAAGCAGCAGAAUAUUUAGAUGUCCAAAAGCGGAGAAUAUAUGAUAUUACUAAUGUACUGGAGGGAAUCAACCUGAUAGUGAAAAAAUCAAAAAAUAAUAUACAAUGGAAAGGUGGAAGCAGUGUCACACCAUUAGGAACCCAAUCUGUAGGAGUCAGUGCCCAACAUGUAGAUCUGCACUCAGAUAUAGCUGACCUUGAAGCAAAAGAGAAUAAAGUGGAUGAGUUGAUCCGUAACUGUAGCCUUCAGUUAAAGAUGCUUACGGAAGAUGAAGAAAAUGCCAAAGCUGCGUACGUCACAUAUACAGAUAUACGUGGAAUACAGUCAUUUGAAGAACAGACUGUUGUCGCCAUUAAAGCUCCCCCAGAGACCAAACUAGAAGUCCCAGACCCCUCAGAUAGUAUACAGAUCUGGUUGAAAAGCACUCAAGGUCAAAUAGAGGUGUACUUAUGUCCAGAGGAUGGUACUCCACAAAAUAGCGGGACAGAAGACAACUCCAACAGUUCAUUUAGCUCAGAAGAUUCCACAGAUAGCUACAAAGAUGAUAAAAGCAAAGUGCGGAAUGCCCUCUUGGAGGAACAAGAUAUAUCUCACCAUAUGGACAAUCUCCUGCCACAGACUGAGGACCAACACUCAGAUUUUGUGCAUUUAGAACCACCUUUAUCUGAGGAAGACUUUAACUUUGCCCUAGAUGCACACGCUGAGGGCAUAUCAGACCUGUUUGAUACAUAUGAUAUAAAAGAUAUGAAGAGUCUGGUUGAGUAGCAGGUUUGGGUGGGGUUGUUGAAAUAGGGUAUUUAUAUGAGUAUAAAUUAAAAGUAACUACAGUGUCUUUGCAUUGGAUCUCGCAUUGUGCCAUGAGGGCUGUAAUGUACUCUCUGUACACUGGUAUAUACUUCCAGUACACCAGCAUGCUAUUCAUACACCAGUAUGUCACUACAGUAGCCUGCUUCUGGUUUAUCGAGACAUGUUACCUGUGUGCCAGGAUAUUACUUCUACUUCAGUAUGUUACUAGUACACCUUCAUGUUACCAGUACACCAGCAUGUUACCAGUACACCAGGAUGUUACCAGUACACCAGCAUGCUACCAGUACACCAGCAUGUUACUAGUACAGCAGGAUGUUACCAGUUCACCAGCAUGCUACCAGUACACCAGCAUGUUAACGGUACACCAGCAUGUUACCAGUACACCAGCAUGCUACCAGUACACCAGCAUGCUACCAGUACACCAGCAUGCUACCAGUACACCAGCAUGUUACCAGACACCAGCAUGUUACCAGUAUACCUGA